GAGCUGCCGGCCCCGCCGCCUGGGCCCCGGGCCCGGCCCCUUCCGCGCCGCCCGGGCGAUGAGAAGCUGCUUCUGCGUGAGACGGAGCCGGGACCCGCCGCCGCCGCCGCCGCCGCCGCCGCCCCAGCGGGGAACAGAGCAAGCCACCAUGCCUGAAGUCAAAGACCUUUCGGAAGCCUUGCCAGAGACGUCAAUGGAUCCCAUCACAGGAGUCGGGGUGGUGGCUUCUCGGAACCGAGCCCCGACAGGCUACGAUGUGGUCGCUCAGACAGCAGAUGGUGUGGACGCUGACCUCUGGAAAGACGGCUUAUUUAAAUCCAAGGUUACCCGAUACCUGUGCUUCACGAGAUCCUUUUCCAAAGAAAAUAGCCAUUUAGGGAACGUGUUAGUGGACAUGAAGCUCAUCGACAUCAAGGACACUCUGCCCGUCGGCUUCAUCCCGAUUCAGGAGACGGUGGACACACAGGAAGUGGCUUUUAGGAAGAAGAGGCUGUGCAUUAAAUUUAUCCCGCGGGAUUCAACCGAAGCGGCCAUUUGUGACAUCCGGAUCAUGGGCCGGACCAAGCAGGCCCCGCCUCAGUACACAUUCAUUGGGGAGCUGAACAGCAUGGGGAUCUGGUAUCGAAUGGGCCGAGUACCACGAAAUCAUGAUUCAUCUCAACCCACAACGCCUUCCCCAUCAUCCGUCGCUUCCACCCCAGCCCCCAACCUUCCCAGGCACAUCUCUCUCACGCUCCCCGCUACCUUCCGAGGCAGGAACAGCACUCGGGCUGACUAUGAAUACCAGCACUCCAAUCUCUAUGCCAUCUCAGCCAUGGAUGGUGUGCCUUUUAUGAUUUCAGAGAAGUUUUCUUGUGUUCCAGAAAGUAUGCAGCCCUUUGAUCUCCUGGGAAUCACCAUCAAAUCUCUGGCAGAAAUUGAAAAAGAGUACGAGUACAGCUUCCGCACGGAGCAGAGUGCUGCGGCCAGGCUCCCGCCCAGCCCCACCAGAUGCCAGCAGAUCCCCCAGUCCUGAGGGGCCACCCGCCCGCCCGCGGGGAGACGACACAGCGCCCGGACUACUGAGCGCCCCCUCGCCCGGCCCCUCCCGCCGCCCAUCCACACCGCCCUGCUCGGCGCUCCUGGGAGACUCUGGGCAGCUGAGCUGUUGCCUCCUCGGUCAUCAGUCGUCGGUUUCCCCGACGUGACGCCCCCUGCCUCCCCGGGGAUGCUCUUCCUUAACCUCCACUAACCUGUGUGUGCUGUAGUGACCAGCGGUCCCUCCCGCAUCUGUGUGAUGACUAGUCCUCCUACCAACCCUACCCACCACAGGAGCUGUCUGAGGGCCCUGGACAGUUGUCUGGCCACCCAGUGAUGCCACCGGCUCCCUGCCCUCCUGACUCCGCCACCAUGAAGCCAUCACCUCCUCCCUGAAGACCCUGAGGGGCUGGCGGCCUGGCACAGGGCACCCGCCCCCCCCAACCCCCAGCACUGAUGGAUCGCCCCAUGGAACAGGUCUCUCACGCCAGGGACAUCGAGUGCCCAAGAACUUCACAGGGACCCUAAGGAAACAUGGAGGACGCGGCCGGUGGUGCCCCAGUGGGCCUGGGCCUGGCUCCCCUCUGACUCACCCCUCAGUUCACACACUGGACGCCCUGAGGAUGGGGGCCGGCCAUCCCGCAGCCACCAGCCCAGAGAGGAUUUGCCUGCGGGUGAGGCGGCCAAGUGGCUGGGUGCUUGCGUGGACAUGAACCUGGUCCACUUGCCACCAGGUCCCCUUGCCCAGCCUCCUCACCAUCAUCCCCACAAAGGGCUCAUCUCCACAGUGCUCACGUGCCAACAACAGCUCCAACUGCCCGGCCCCGCACCCCGACCAUCAUCACAUGGGUAAAGAAGCUCUGUGAGCCGGUGCCAAGGACGUGGACACGGAGUCGCCAGACUGAAGCCAGAACUGACCUUUCUGCCAUGAGGGCCAGUGACCAUGCCAUCAUUCCCCACAGUGCUGGCCGCCCAGCCCAGCUCCCCACAUGGGCACCGUGGGAACAGGGCUGUUGUCCUCCCGGGAGGCCCGGUCCUCACCCGGUGGCUGCCUUGUCUGGCCGUGGGACUCUGUCCUAAACUCCCAGAACCUGGUAUCUCACACCUUGGAGGUGGGGGGCAGGGGUCAUCAGAUAGUUGGAGCAUUGGAUGUGAGCUUUGACACGUGUCUGGCAUAAGAAAGCAGCCCAGGAGAGGCCCUGCCCAGCUGGGAACAGUUCCUCGAAUGACACCAGGGUGGCUGGGGUGCAGUCAGGAGGGGCAGCCUCUGGCUGAGACGGGGCCAGGGCAAGACAUACCUCACUCAGCCGGCCUCAGCUCCGCCAUCUCCAGACCCUCCGCCUUCCCCCGUGGCUGGCCCUUGAUCUUUCCCUUCCGAUACCUCCUGAUUCCUGUGUGCCACCUCUCCCCGCUGUCCCCGAGACCUGAGGACAUCCCUGGCAGGGCCGGCCUCCCCUGGAACCCGCCAGGGCCCAGGAGGCACGGGUGGAAAUUCCUUGGGCAGACCUUUUGGGAUGGGUGCUCGCCCGGGACUGAGCCGAUGACUUGGCCUCAGACGUACCCACUGAAAUGAGCUGUUGUUCCUGGGAGUCACGGGGUGGGGAGCCCCGAGGGGCCCAGAGAACCUGCGUCUGCUGCUGCUGUCAGGAUGGUGGAGCUGGUCCAAAACCAAGAGCGGGGGUGACCCAUUGCUCACCUCUGUCCGGCCGUGUUGGCUCCGUCCCUCAGUCUCUCCUCACACCCCAGCCGUGGGGUCGUCCUGCCAGGUAACACCUGCAGCCUUUCCGCAGCCUUCCUCUGCUGAGAAGCAAGCGCUUCAGCUCCAUAGGCCCAAGGAGGUCCAGAAACAGUCACGUGAGAUUCCCUGUCAGGGAGCAAGAGGACCAUGAGGGUGGCUGUUGGGGAAAGGGUCUCCCCUCCACCCCUCAACCAGGCCACCCCCGGGCCAGGCCGAGAGAGGCAGGGUCCAGGGCCGCCAGGAGAGGGCCAGGCCUCCCCCAGCAGGCAGCCUCAGCACGGGGUCUAACCAGUGACUGGAUGGCGCCAUGUCUGCAGCUAAAGAGAACGGAGCAGCGACGGUGUUGGAGAAGCCAGCGUCCCCAGUGGGUCUUAGGCGGCUCCUGACCUCUGUGUCUUUCCUUCUCAGGGGGGCUGCCCGCCCGUGAGGAGGUGAAGCUCGCUCACUGGGAACUGAGCCCCCUCUUCCCCCUUCCUUUCUGGGACGGUGCUUUUCUCCGCAAACCCUCUGGCCACGAGGGGCGGAGAGGCAGGGCUUCUCUCAGAAACACGAAGGGCAGUGACCUCCACCCUUCCCAGAAGGACUCCCCGGAGCACAGCGUCCCCCGCUGCCACCUCCUCCGUCCCCCGAAAAUUCUAAGCCUGUCUCCACAGGCCUUGGAAAUGGCACAACGGCGGUAAGGAGUAAGCAGCCGGCCCCAGGUUCACUUGCAAAUUUAUAACAAGGUUUUUCCCCCACCCCGAGUCCAGGAACUGACUGUGGCCAUAACCUCCUCUCGGAGGGACGGUCAGGAUGGCGGGGGGCGGGAGGUGAGGACCAACACGUCCGAAGCGCCUGCUCCUUGCCGGGCACGCGGCCGGCACUUGAAGCACAUUUUCCUCUGUCAUUCCCACCUGCUUCCCCCCCAUAAAAACACCAAUACCCAGAAGUGGAUGCUGGUUCCAGAUGAAGAUGAGACGUGUCUGCAGGCACAAAGCCGGCGAGCGGCACAGGCGGCCCAGGCCCCGCUCUGUCCCGUCACGAGCACCUGCCUCCGGUGCAGUUACGGGCCUGCAGGCAUGACGGGGUCUCACCGAGCACAGGGCUGCGGGCUGCCCCUCACCAUUCACAGGGAGCCCAGCCCGCAGCUCCCUGGAGCCGGCCGGCGAGUGAGCCUACAGGUGAGCAUGAAAGCCGCGCUCACCUCCCUGGGCCCUGGAGCGGCCGGGCGCCCGUUCUCAACGCAGCUGCCCGCCCCUCAUGGGGCGGCUGGCCGUCCUCACCCAUUGGACCCUGCCAGCCAGGCCUGUCACCACCAGGAACCGGGGCCCGGGCGGGCGGCUGGCUGCACUAGGUUAGGAAUAACGUUGUACUGCGUGUAUUUAUUUGAGGUGACUCUAGUACUUGGCAAA